CGGUCAUCGACCGAGAGCUUUAUCUCAUAACUGUUUAUGUUGCUGGGUGGCUAGGCGAAUUGUGAUUGAUUGCCGAUUUUUCUUUCUUUCUUUCUUUUUCGCUUGUUUACAAGAAAAGUACUACUUAUUGGUCGGUUGUCUCUGCUCUAUCUCCUGGUCUUCCGCAAACCAGGCUCUUCUGGAAACUAUCCUGCAAGUACAUACUGCUCGCUAUAACCCCCGUCUUCGUCUCAACGCUAGGUGGAGGACUUCAAUUCCUGCAAAGCCUUAUUUUCUAGUUAAGGAAACUAUAAGCCCUUCUGUGUUGUUUCAUAGUCCAAUUUCCAAUUAUGGCCUCACCCCCAAAUCCAGAGAAUGGGGAAGGUUCCUCAUCUCAAGCUCAUCGGUCAGCGACGAUAUCAACGAGCGCGUUGCGUUCCGGUUCUCCCUCAGCGGACGCCUCAACAAGACAAAUCUCGAUCGCUCGGCUAGCAUCUCCAGUACCUUCUCCGGCGAGCUCAUAUCCUCAUUCAACCAGACAAUUGCCGGUGCCGAUUCAGCCAGCGACAGAUACAGACGAGGAUAUUCGAAAAGUCGACAAUCUAGCCUCCCUACCAGGUCCCGGGCAGUCCAUGAUCGCAUCUGGUCUCCAAGAAAGCCUUGGUCGCUCGCCUCCGAGACUUGGAACCCCACCCAGACGCACUGCUUCCCCUGCCUUGCAGCAGGCUCAGGCAAUCAGGUCAAAUUAUGGUUCAUUCACCAAUAAGCCCGAGUGGGAAGGCUCAGAAUAUUCCGCAGGACCAUAUGAAGAUCCCGAAGUUGUUAAAAGACACUUGGUGCUACCGCAAAACGCGGUUGAGAGCCGAGACAUCACUUCUUCUGGAGAUCCUGCAAAUGACGAGGAAUUCUCUAGCUUGCAGCUUCAAGGAGGUGACAUAACGAGGCAGGUUUACAGGUGGGCUGAAGGGGCAGAGGCAGGAAGUCCCUCGAGAUUCAAUCGAAGCAAGAGUUUCAGCUUAAAUCGGCCCACACCACAUGAUGAAACGAUGAACAUCAACAGUAUCCGUGUGCCGGGAGGAUUCCGUAGGGACUAUAUCCGGAGGACAGUAGCCUCAAACCUUCCUGGAAGUUCUGAUGGCCCAGAACCCCAAUCGCCUCAGCCUCAACCUCAGCUUCCAACUACCAGUUUCCUAGAGUUUUUGACUCUUUACGGCCACUUUGCAGGUGAAGAGCUUGAAGAGGACGACGAAGUAUUGGGGCCCGAUGAGUACUUCUCAGAUGCCUGGGAAGAGGAUGGCAGAGAACCGGGAGAACAAUCGGCGCUCCUUCGUUCGGAUACAGCUGGAAGGAGGAAGCGGAAGCCACGCGGAGGAACUGGAACCAACACAAGGACGGGGGCGGCUCUACUUCUUCUCAAGUCUUUCGUUGGAACAGGGGUCUUGUUCCUACCAAGAGCAUUCCUCAAUGGCGGUAUGCUUUUUAGCAGUCUGGUAUUGCUUGGUGUGUCGAUCCUCAGUUUCUACGCUUUUAUACUUCUUGUCAACACCCGACUGAAAAUUGAUGGCUCAUUUGGUGAUAUUGGUGGCGCGCUUUAUGGAAAACACAUGCGGCGCAUUAUCCUUGGAUCUAUAGUCUUGAGUCAACUGGGAUUUGUGUCUGCAUAUAUUGUGUUCACAGCUGAGAAUCUGCAGGCAUUCGUCCUCGCCGUCAGCAAAUGCAAGUCCUUCAUUGACAUCAAGUUCAUGGUGCUGAUACAGCUUGUCCUUUUCCUGCCUCUUUCGCUGAUCCGCGAUAUUAGCAAACUUGGUUUUACGGCUCUAAUCGCAGAUGUUUUCAUCCUGCUAGGCUUGAUUUACCUGUUUUACUAUGAUAUUCUUACUAUCUAUUCACAAGGCGGCGUUUCAGAUAUCAUCUCCUUCAAUCCAUCCACAUGGACACUUUUCAUUGGAACUGCUAUCUUCACCUACGAGGGCAUUGGCCUCAUUAUUCCGAUUCAAGAGUCCAUGAAGCGUCCUCAGCAAUUCCCAGGCGUCCUUGCCGGGGUUAUGGUUAUUAUCACAAUUGUGUUCCUCUCUGCCGGCGCGCUCAGCUACGCCGCGUAUGGAUCUGCAACGAAAACAGUGGUCAUUCUCAACCUUCCUCAGGAUGACAAGUUUGUGAAUGGUGUCCAGUUCCUCUACUCUCUAGCAAUCUUGCUCAGCACUCCCCUGCAGCUCUUUCCCGCUAUUCGAAUCAUGGAAAAUGAGCUUUUCACACGCAGCGGCAAGUACAAUCCCAGAAUCAAAUGGCAGAAGAACUUUUUCCGCUUCUUCCUCGUCAUGAUCUGUGCAUUCGUUGCGUGGGGUGGAGCGGACGACCUUGACAAAUUUGUCUCACUUGUCGGUAGCUUUGCCUGUGUACCCCUGAUUUAUGUGUAUCCGCCUCUGUUGCAUCUGAAAGCCUGCGCGCAGUCCAGAAAACAGCAGAUCGCUGACAUCGCCCUGGCCGUAUUUGGAGUAAUUAGUUGCCUCUAUACAACCUCACUGACACUAGCAAACUGGGUCGGAGGAGGCGCCCCUGCACCCCCUGGAUAUUGCGAUUCGAAAUCUGGUUAAUAACCUCCCCCGUUAUUUGAAACAUUCCUACGUUGAUCAUCUCAGAAGAGGUGUCUUUUGAAUAUGAAUGACUGACGCUACGCUGUAAGGCUUGAAUUUUGUUUAAAUAGCAGAAUCGUGCAUUUCGGGGCAAUUUGUGAUAUCGUCCCUAGCCUUUUACUUUUCAUGUUAAUGUCCCUAGAUGGAAUUCUCUGUGAUCAAAUUGCUGUACACUGUGAAUAACCAUCCAUGUAUGUGCCAAAUUGUGAUAAAUAUACCGCGCCGACAAGAGUGAUACGAAAGAAAC